AUGUGUUGGUCCUGUGUGGUGUUAGCGGAGGAGCAGGUGGGGGGAGUCCUGGGGCUAAUGGGUCAAGCACAGUCUCGCGCUGCUGCCUCCACCCUCCCUCUCCUCCAGACGCUUCCUCCUCGCACAAAGCCAGAGCCGGCCAUGCGUUUCUGUCUAGACAUCUCCAGUGUGUCCAGAGUCCUCCGCUGUCCUCCGCUCACGUCCUUUGUCCCGUGGAGGUGGCGUCCCGCUGGGUAG